AUGGCGGCUGACCGCGGCGGCGGUCCGCCACCACCACAACCACCACCCCACAGCAGCACCAGCAGCACAACAAAAGACAGAGACACAGACCAGCCCCCCCCUCCUCCGCCCCGUCACUCCUCCUCCACCUCCACCUCCACCUCUACACCGUCCUCCUCCUCCUCCUCCUCCUCCUCUUCUUCCAAAGACAAAGACACAAAGGAGCGAGACAGCAAAGACAAACCCCCAGCACCCCCCCCGCACCGCACCUUCCCCAAGCCCUCCUCCUCCUCCUCCUCCUCCUCAUCCUCCCAACAGCACCACAUCCCCCACAACUCAAAGGACAGCAGCAAACAGCCAAACUUCGACGUCAUCAUCGUCCCGCAGCACUCUGGCGGCGGCGUCAUCUACCUGCCCAGCCUCUCCGUGCACCGCAACUCGUUCCUCGCCGGCGUCGCAAGCACGCUGUCCCUCCUUGCGCUGCUCAAGCUGCUGGCGCCCGUGCUGACCUACUGGGGGCAGAGCUGGGCCGCGGCGAGCGUGGGCAUUGCGCUGGUUAGUGCUGGUGCCGGCGCGGUCAUUGCCCGGUCUGCUGGGGACGACUUUUGGUCGGGAAAGAACGGUGGGAGUAAGAGUUGGGGUGAAUAUAAGGAACGUGCUGAAACGCCGCAGCAGCAGCCGCCGCCUCCGCCGCCGCCGCCACAUAGGAGCCAGACAAAGUCGUCGUCGUCGUCGUCGGGUUCUGCUUCUUCCUCUGCGAGGAGACCGGCAGAAGCAUCAGGUGCGUCUUCUUCGGGUGCGUCUUCAUCUGCCUCUGCCUCUGCCUCUGCCUCUGCCUCUGCCUCUGCCUGUGAUCCUCAUCAUCACGCGGACCCCCCUCCAUACUCACCCUCACCCUCACCCUCCUCCUCCUCCUCCUCUGCACCUAUACCUGUGCCUGCAUCUAUCCCUAUCCCCGUGUCGGAGAAGAAAACAAGGACGAAAGCUAAAGACCUGAAGCCCGAGCUUAAGCCGGACACGCCGCCGCCUUCACCGCCGCUGGUGCCCGUGAAGACGAAGCAGAGGCAGAGACAGGAAAAGGAAAAGGCGGAUAGCAAGCAGGAGAAGGGAGACGGCAAGCCGGCGAAGCGGGAAAAGGACAGGGAGGAGAGUAGCAGUAGUACUAGUAGCAGUAAGCAGGCGGAAAGGAAGGAACAGAAGGAACAGAAGGUGCAAGAGCGCCCCAAGAAGGAGGAGGAACAGGAAAAGCACCGAGUAGCAAUACAGGAAAAUCAAAACCAAGCCCAAGCCCAAAAGCAGGAGGACCGAACAUCACAAAUACAAGCAGAAACAUCACAGGAUACCAAAACCAAACCCCAAACCCAAACAGAAGCAUCCCAAAAAGAAGAAGAGGCUAAGGAAAAGCUCGCACGUGAGACCACCGCCGCCGAAGAGCGGGAAAAAGAAGAACAGGAAAGCAACGCCCGCAUCCAGGAAGAACUCGCCCAACAAACCGCAGAAACAAACCGCCUCACCGCCGAACUCGCCACCAUGCGCGACUCGCUCGAAAAGGACCGCCUCCGCACAGAGCUCGCGCAGAAGGAGCGCCUCCGCAAGCAGCUCGAGCGCGCCGACAAGGACCGCAAGGAGAAGGAGCGCCUCGCAAAGAUCAAGGCCGAGCGCGAGCGCCGCGAACGCGACAUGCUCGCCAAGAUGCGCAACACCGAGCGCGAGCGCGUAGAACGCGAGCGGCUGGCCGCCGCGGCCGAGGCCGAGCGCCAGCGGGUCGAGAACGAGCAGCGGGAAGCGGCGCGGCUCGAGGCGGAGCGCGUGGAGAAGAAGCGGAUGGCGGAGCUGCAGCGCGUCGAGAAGGAGAGGUGGGUGAGGGAGAGCCGCGAGAAGAUCCGCGUUGAGAAGGAGCGGCGGGAGAAGGAGAAGGUGGAGCGGGAGCGCGAGGAGCAGCAGCGUCUGGCGGAGCUGGAGCGGGAAAGGCUGGCGGAGGAGCGGGCGGUGCGGGAGCGGCUACAGCGCGAGCGGGAGGAGAGGGAGCGCGUUGAGCGGGAGAAGGCGGAGAAGGAGCGCCUGGAGAGGCUCAAGAUUCAAAAGGCCGCACAAGCCGCCAAGGAGAAGGAGCGCAUUGCGCGCGAGGCCGCCGAGCGCCUGCGGCUCGAGCGGGAACGGAGGCUCCGGGAGAAGAGCGAGAAGGAGCGGCUCGAGAAGGAGCGUAUCGAGACCGAACGCCUCGAGCGGGAGCGCCUGGAGCAGGAGAAGCUGGAGAAACAGCGCCUGGAGCAGGAGCGGAUCAGGCGGGAAAAGGAGGACAGGGAAAAGCGCGCCCGCCUUGCCUCUGAGCGGGUUCGGGCGGAAAAGGAGCGUCUUGCAAGGCUCAAGGCCGCGGAGAAGGAGCGCAAGGCCCAGGAAACGCUCGAGAGGGAACGGCAGGAGAAGAAACAGAAGGAAGAGCGGGAACUGGCCGAGUCGGAGCGCAUCAAGGACAUCCGCGACAAGGUCGACAAGGAGCGUCUCUCCCGCGAAGAAGAGGAGAGGCGGAUGCUGGCGCAGGAGCGCGCAGAGGAAGAGCGACUCCAGGCCGAGCGACAGAGACUGGCGCGGGAGGCGCGGGAGAGGAUAUUAAGGGAAAACGAGGAGAGCGAGAAGUUCCGGCGAGAGCUGAUGGAAGAGGUCGAGGCCAGCCGGGAACACGAGGAGCGCAUGAAGCGCGAAAAGGCCGAGCGAGAACGCCUGGAAAGGGAACGAUUAGAGAAGGAGCAGGAAGAGAAAGAGGCCCGGCAAAAGGCCGCAGCGGAGCGACUGCGACUCCAGCGCGAGAGAGCGGCCGCAAAGGCCCUGGAGCGAGAAAAGCAGGAAGCAGAAGAGCGGGAAAGAGUGGAGAGACAGAAGCAAGAGAGACAAUCAGAGGAGCAGAGACAGCGAGAACGAUCGGAGCACGACCGACUGGAAUGGGAGAGACACCAGCGCCUGGUGCGGGAGAAGAGCAGUGCCAAACGGCCAGAGCACGAGCGUGUGGAGCAGAUCUCGUCGACACCCCGAAGACAUCAUUCCUCGACCAAAUCACUGCAAUCCUCAUACCAGACACCGCCCCCUUCAGGCACGCGCAGGCCAAUGAGCGACACAUCCACAAACUCGCGAUAUCACCUGAAAUCCUCACAUUCCGUGCAUGUCAAGUCUCCCCCACCAACCACCGAGCAGUUCGACGCACCGCCGCCCCCGCCUCCCCCACAUAGGACGAACGUCACCUCCUCGACAGGCCACCGCACCUCCCCACCCCCCCCGCCGCCCCCCCACUCACCCCCCCGCAAAGCAUACACCACCUCCGACCCCUCCAAGAUCGUCCUCAAGGCCGUCUACACAUUCACCAACAGCAACCCGACAAAGCCGCAGUCCCAGCUGCUCCCGGGCAAGGGCGGCAUCAGCGAAGCCCUCAUCCUCCGCAUGACAACCGAAGGCCUCUUCCUCGACGACGUCCUCAAGGCAACCGGCCUGCGCGACUACGACGUAAAGACAUGGACAAUCAAGCUCGUCGAGAUCUUCUGCCCGCGCUACGUCCCCCCCCCGCCGUCAACAACCGGCUCAACAAAGAGCUCAUCCAUAAAGUCGAAUCCUGUGCGAAGGCUGUUUUCGCCCGGGGGAUCGAGCGUCGAGAAGGGCGCGGGGGAGGAGGACCUGGAUGCGGUUAUAUGCGGGAUUCAGAAGACGUGCUAUCGUGAUUGCUUCCAGAUGAAGCGCUCCGGGGGUGGCAUGGCAGGCAUGCAUAUGGUCCGCGCGACGAUCAGGGAUGCGGAGGCGAGACGGUAUGUGUUUCUGGUGGACGAGGAGGAGGGCUGGAAGAUUGAGGAGGGGAUGAAGGUUCUGAGGAGUGGGAGCCUGGCGAGGAAUAUGGCGGUGGAGGGGAUGGGGAGGGAGGAGGCCGGGAAGCUGAUUAGGAGUGUUGCGGUGGCUGCAUGA